UUUUGCCUUUGGUAAUAGAUCCAUAAAUCUAUCUCGUUCAUUUCCAAGGUUUGCAAACUUAUCCUGGGUCACUGGUUCGUUCAUCCUGCUUUACUAUACCAACUUUGAAGUCGUGGACAUCGAUCAGUCUGCACACGAAACAUUGCCAUGGAAGCCAAUGAUACGUCUAUCGCAGCCCAGCAUGUUGGAUUUGCAUUGGCCAGAGGGGAGACUCCAAGAGAGAGUAAAACAAAUCUACAUGUGGAUAUUCCAGACGUCAACAAGACAAUGAACUCGACGCAGGAGAUCACGAGUGGAGAGGAGAAGACCGCCGUGGAGAGCUCCAAGGACGACACUCAAAAGAACGACUCAGCGAAGAACGAGGAGGAAAAAGAGGAUGCGAAGAUGCGGGAGGUGUGGGAAGAGAACCGAAAGAAACUUGCAAGGAAGGCUGCUGUCAAGUGGUCAGAUUACGAACAUUUCAAGAAUCGAUACAGCCCAGAGGACGGAUUGGAGAUCAUCGAAGUCCUGUACGGCCAUCCCGACCUGGGCGGGGAGAUUGCCCAGGAGAAGGCUCAGAGGGCCUCCACGACAGCCAAUUUCAGCAGAAAAUCGCCAUCUAGGGACAAUCGUUGGAUCCAAAGAGUGCGCAUCGAGUCAGGAGUCCUCGUUCCACUGCUAGCGCAUCUGUCAAGCUGUGAAGCGGCCUCCCACAUAUGGCCAUCCGAAAGGCCGCGGGUAUUCUUCCGACCAUUCGUCACGUUCUAUCACACAUUGCCGCUCAUGAAAAAGUGCAUCCAAAUUCUAGAGAAUUCCGGACACACGCCCUCCGACAGAGGCGUAACCCCCAACCUCCCGGGUGAUAUUCCUAUCAUUGACUCCUUUUCCGGCACGAAUAUCACGCAGACUCUGUUUGCCUUGGAUCCUGAAGUCGCGUUGCCGCAACUAAGGGUGUACGUCGAAUUCGUUGAGAAGAAUAUUAUCCCAAUGUGGGAUGAAGCGGCUGGUACCAGCAAGCAAAGGGCCAGAUGGUGCGAUCUGCCAAUGUUCUUCCGCCCUGGCGAACUGCUGUUCACAAAUCUUGGGACUGCCAAUCAGAAAGGGCAGUCCCAGCCUGGAUCUCAGGCUCAAUCAGGCGGAAAGCACACAAUACAGAAUAUAUGGAAGUUCAUUUCGUUAUUCGUGACAGAAGUCGAAGACGCCGAGCCGUCUGACUACCGCAACACGAAGCGCAAUUUGAGCAUUCGAGCAUAUCACAUCGACUUUGAUGGAGACAAAUUUGGUCCUUCUGAGUGCGAAUGGCCUUACAUUCCCGAAUACUCCGGGGAGAAGGAGAUCAGGAGCUUGUAUGUUUAUCCUCUACGGUACGAGAAAGAGAGGGAGAGGAUGGAAGCAGAGCUCUGUAAGCGGGGAAAGCGAUUCCUGCCUCUUCUCCGAGAACGACACUGCUAUUACGACGGAUGGAGCAUUCGGUACUGCAAAGCCAUAUGGGACCUCGACUCUACAGCCCCAAACGCAGAAUAUAUCGAUGGAGAGAUCAUGAUUGAUUUCAAAGAAGGAUGCCGAGCGAACCCAGAAUUGACGGCUUUUGUCCAUAACGACUAUGACAUGGACGCGUUUCAUUGGUUCGAUCGUGAGGAUCCCAUCGAGAUCAAGUUUUGGGACGGCCCAGCGCGCCUCAAGCUUCUAGGGGAGAGUAGAGAUAUCUCACAGACUGAGGAGGACUUCACCAAGCGCUACGAACUUACACUGCUGAAGCAUGACCCCUUUAUCAGAGACCACAACGAAAACAAGCCAUGGCUUCAAGAAUAUACAACGGACCUGACCAGUCAUUUUCAUGAUGAGCAAUACAUUCUUCUGCCACAGCGGCUCAUCGCCUAUUCUUUCCGAGGGCGGAAAUUCUUCAUGGCAAACGUUGACUGUGUCUCGCCCAUGGCUUUGACCAAGAAUUCCUUCAGGGAUCUCAAGAUCAAUCCGGAUCAUAAGAGAAUGGUCAAUUCGUUGGCGCAGUCUCACUUCGAAAAGCAGGACAUGAGGCGGAAUUCAAAGGUCGCGAAUCUGGACCAAGAUUUUAUCCGCGGGAAAGGGGCGGGGCUGAUCAUCCUCCUCCACGGAGUUCCGGGUGUCGGUAAAACUACGACUGCUGAGGCAGUGGCUUUACAUAAUCGAAAGCCACUUUUCACGAUCACGUCUGCAGAUCUUGGGUUCACUCCUCGUGAAGUCGAGACAAAGCUUGUGGAAUUCUUCCGACUGGCCCAGAUCUGGGACUGUGUUCUGCUACUGGACGAGGCCGACCUGUUCCUAUCGCGGCGAGAAGUCCAGGACUUGCAACGCAACGCUCUAGUAUCUGUCUUUCUUCGGGUUCUUGAAUACUACAACGGUAUUCUGUUCCUGACUACGAACCGCGUUGGCACCAUGGAUGAGGCUUUCAAAUCCAGAAUUCACGUCAGCCUCUACUACCCUCCCUUGACCGAGGCACAGACAGUUGACAUCUUCCGUGUCAAUCUGAGGAGGCUUCACGAGAUCGAGGCAGCCAAGAAAGCGAGCGAAGCAGGCAACACCAUCAUUAACAUUGAUGAUGCCAGCAUCGUCAACUUUGCCAAACGCCAUUUCAAGAUACACCAGCCGUCAGAGAGAUGGAAUGGCCGACAGAUCCGGAAUGCCUUUCAGGUCGCGUACUCUCUUGCGCAAUUUGACACGUGGGAAACCAAUCCGGACGACUCGGGUGAUGACGCGGACAACCACGAGGCUGUGUUGGUCAAUGGUGAAAAGACUUCAGCUAGCCGCGGGGCAUGUAGGAUGGACAGCAACCAUUUCAAGAUUGUCGCGGAGUCCAUUGAGAGGUUUGAUUACUAUCUCUUCAAAACCAGAGGCACGGACGCGGACACGGCAAGGAACCACCGAUUAAGGAACGACGGACACCGGGAUCCCAGAGAUACGGACUAUGACCGGAUGUCACUUGGCCCAGAUUAUCGCGGUGGUCGGCCCAACUCUCGAAGGGAGAUGCCUCGUAGCCCUAGUGCUCGGAGCCCGGUUUUCGAUCCGGUCACUCGAUCCUCGAGAAAUCAACAUCGAGAGCAUUUCGAUGACGAGGACGAAGAGGAACUCGAAGACAACAGUGACAUCGCAGGGCCCGACUAUGGGGGGCACAAGAAUAACCCGGCACGGCAGCCCUUCCCGUCGUCCCACUCGACUCCAUCAGUCCCCAAGUCCAGGAGAGGCGGCGACAGACAUUAUGGGCAAAGGGGUGGCGACGAGUACUCGCCGGAUGAUACCGGGUACGGCAAAGGCGGUAGCAUGAGCAGCGGCCGUGCGAACAGUUACGGCCGUGGCCGUGACGCAUACGAGUAUUGAGCCCUGCGAUCCCCCAUGUGCGGCAUGGGGCCGAGAGGGUGCAUGACAGCCUAAUCUUCCGAUCUCGUCCCCUUUUUCGCUGUUGGCCUACCUACCCUGGGCUCCAGACCUGAUGGCCAGACCGGGCGAGUGGAAAUAUUGUCGACGACUAUUGGGAGGAGUAAGGGGCAGCAGGGGCCUGCUUGUGCAGGGGCAGUUGCCAAGACUCAGGCAAAACGUGGUACAGGUUAAUUCUUUCCUCCACUCACGAUAGUCAGGCCUUUGUCAUCCACUUUGAGUGGUGUUGGUUGCUCGGCAUAUGGUGCGAAUACAUAACUGUUUGAAUGAGAAUUGACUACGCGCUUUCAAG